ACAUCAACCACAAAGGGUGCACAGAGAGAAUGGAAACUUCCUGUUUGGCUCGUGAUGUGUUCUGUUACGCCGAAGGUUGAAUUUGCCAUUCUGGCUACACACGCCAUACUUGCAAAAAAGCAGCGGCCUUGCCGUUUUCAACAGCAUUUCUAUUGUGUGAAGACUUAGAAUACAACAGAUGGAGAUUUUUAUGACAUCUGUGACUCUCUUAAGUCUCUGUCUCUUUCAUAGCAGCCUAUCUGAAACCCAGUGCAUAUGCAAAGGUAAUCUACCACCAAUUCAACAUGUGGCAUUGAACAGCAAUGUUACCAUACCCUGCCCCGUACUCAGUGCGCCAGAAAUGGUCUUCAAAUUAUAUAAAGGCUCAGUAGAGAUUGAUUAUAUCAGCAGUAAUAAUAACAACAACAGCCUGAGGAGAGCUUCCCCUGCCAUUUUCAAUGUUAAUUAUACGAAUAACAGUACCAGUUUUAUCCUGAACCGUGUAACGAUGAAUACUACAGCCCUGUACACUUGUGAGGCCGAGAGAAUCUUUCCUCCUCCAUUUCAGAAAGUGGAGCACAAACCACAAACUAUUGUGUUUGUUGAAGGGAGACCAGUUAAACCACGUGUCGUCUGUCAACAUGUUUAUCAACCGGCUUUUUGGGUGCUAGGAGUCUUGACCAUAUAUGGGCUGGUAAUGACUUGCAUCGUUUUCUUUCUGCGGAUCAAGUUGAGUCAAACUGAUACUCCCUUCAAGGACAAGGAAUGCAGACGGAAGUGGCAGGGGGUUCAACAUCCAGCCUGGCAGGGCUUUUACACAGACACUGUAGCAUGAGACUAUCUGGCAACAUUUAACAAACCCUGCCAAGAACAACCACUAAAACAUCACAUCAGACAAUGAUGUUUUAAAACAGGCACACUGCAUUCUGAGAAAAAUCUAACUGCAUUUUUAUGUAUUAUAUUUUCAUUUAACCCACUAUUAAAUGUAGCCAAAAUGUUGUUAGCUUUGUUA